AUGUGGUGGUUAGAUCCUGGCAAAGAGGUUUUGGGUGUGCUCUUCAACCGCAUACUCGCGCCGUAUGUGAUGAAUCUUGACUUGAAUCAAGUCAACUAUGGAAUAGGACAAGGUCAACUUACACUCCGCAACCUUAAGCUGAAGAAAGGGGCGUUAGAUAAAUUUCAACUCCCGGUUGAUGUAUUGGAAGGCCAUCUCGGAAAAUUCACGUUGUCUCUCCACUGGAUGAACUUGGGUAAUCAGCCUGUUGAAAUCCUUGUCGAAGAUGUGUACCUUCUCGUGGUUCCAUCACCCCAGACCAGCACGAAUCCUGAAGAAGACGAAGCAAGGGCGCAGGCUGCGAAGGCAGAACGUCUGGAAAAUGCGGAGCUGUUACAUGUCCGCGGUCAAGCAGAGGCUCAAACGACUGACUCGCCGCAGACGCAGGGUCUCCUUCAAUCUCUCAUUACUAAAAUUAUCAACAAUGUACAAGUAACGAUCAAAAAUAUUCAUAUACGAUAUGAAGAUAACAUGAGUGUCUCAGGGCACCCAUUUGCCGCCGGUGUUACUCUGGCAGGGUUUACCGCCGUGUCUGUCAACAAAAAUUGGGAGCCAGCGUUCAUAGAAAGCACGGCAGGUGCCAUAUAUAAGCUAGCAAAACUUCAAUCUCUGGCCCUAUAUUUUGACACAGAUGCGACAAGUAUGGCGGGCCUUCCGACAGCUGAAUCGAUAAAAAGGUUCUCGGCGAUGAUUUCUCACAGCGAUGACGAUGGCCAACACCAGUACAUUCUGAAACCCGUUUCGGGAGAAGGCAGAAUAACGGUCAACCACAAAAUAGACCGUGAAACGCCGCGGUUCGACGUCCAACUCCUAUUCGAGGAAAUUGGAGUUGUACUCGACGAUAAUCAGUAUCGUGACGCAAUCUCCUUGGUGGAUAUGUAUCAUGUGUAUUUGCGCAAGCGACAGUACGGGAAAUAUCGACCAUCGGAUAUUGAAUUUAGCACGAAUUCGGCCAAGGCCCGCCUUCAAUAUGCAGGGAAGGCCAUUCUUGAAGGCGUCCGAGAGAAGAACAGGAAAUGGACCUGGAAAUACUUCGCGGAACGGCGUGACGACCGGGUUGCGUACGUUGGACUGUUUCAGAAGAAGCAACUGUCGUCCUUAGUAGGGCCGGAUCUUCAAGACUUUGAACGCUUAGAGAAGAAGCUGGUGUACGAAGACAUCAGGUUCUAUCGUUCUAUCGCACGAUCGAAGCUGAAGAAAGACAUAGCUCUUCGACAGAAGCUAGAGGCGGAAAAGCAACAGCAGCAACCUCAGAAACAAGGCUGGGUUGGAUGGCUAUGGGGAUCGACUUCCACGGCUACUCCGGAGGACCCUACUUUUGGAGGGCCCAUGACCGACGAGCAGAGAAAGCAACUAUAUGAUGUGUUGGACUACGACGAGAAGGCUGCUCUGGCAGAUGCGUUACAAGUCCCGCGCGACUCGUUGAAGAUGCGAGCAAGCGCCAAACUCGACAAAGGGUCUUUUACCCUGAAGACGGAUCCUCAUGGCACGAACACCGAAGUGACAUCAAUUGUUUUUGACGUUUUCGCAGCGCACUUCACGCAGCGUCCCGACAACUUCGAAACUUCGAUAUCCCUCAAUGGCUUUAGAGUGUUUGAUGGAUCGACACGAAAUACGCUAUAUCCUCAGAUUGUCCACGUCAAGACAGAUGAAAUCGGCGACAGCAGACGCUCUAUUGCCGCACAAGAAGAAGAGUCAAACCCCUUCUUUUUCGUCCAGUUCGAGAACAAACCGUUGGAUGAGCGUUCGGAUAGCGCUUUGACCGUCCGGAUGCGACACAUGGAGAUUAUCUAUCAUAAAGGUUAUGUCGAAGCCAUUUACAGGUUCUUCAAGCCACCUGCCAGUCAACUUGAAUCAGUGGAAGCCCUUUUGAAUGUCGCCAGUCAAACGCUAGAAGGACUGAGAAGGGAGACGAGAGCUGGACUAGAAUAUGCACUUCAAACACACAAAACGAUCGACAUUCAGAUGGACAUGAAUGCGCCCAUUAUCAUCAUCCCUGAGGAUGUGACGACGAAUCACUGCAAACACCUCAUUGUCGAUGCCGGCCACAUUGCUAUCGAGAGUGAUCUUGUGUCCAAGGAAGCGAUACGCACUAUACACCAGAAACGCAAUCAAAAGUACACCGAAGAGGAUUAUAGGAAUUUAGAGGCGUUGAUGUACGACAAGAUGUCACUGAGGCUAGAAGACGCCCAAUUUAUCAUCGGAGACAAUCUGCAAUCCUGCCGGGAGGCGCUUGCUUCUAAAUCAGGCGACUCCUUGCAUCUUCUCGAAAGGAUUAAUGUCGACCUUCGAAUAGAUAAAUCGAUUGUCCCAACGGCUCUGAACUUAACCCAAUUCAAGAUCUCAGGCAAUCUGCCUUCGCUUCAAGUCAAUAUUUCGGACACCAAGUACAAGGCAUUAAUACGCCUCAUUGACGUAUGUAUCCCCAACUUUGGGAACGAUGACAGCGUGCAACAGACUCGACAAGCACUUGCGCCUCCUUCGGGAAGGUUUCAGCUUCCCACUUCACUGUUCAGGCAAACGGAGACAGAAUACUUCGUCGACGAGGACGAGAAACAAGGCCAGAAUGAUCGAAAAGGUGGUGCACUUACAGAUCCGACGGAAGAUCAGUUUUUCGAGGCAGAGGAAGGAUCAUCGGAAGAGCAUCCUGAACUCCGGCAACACAUAUUUGAACUUGAUUUCAAAGUCGACAGGUUGAGCGUUGUGAUAUCAAAAUCGGCCAAGGAUGGCACUGACCGGCUCCUGGGCAAUUUACAUCUAAAGAGCUUUUUGCUGUCUUUUGCUCUCGCGAAAUACGACAUGAAUGUGGAUAUUGAUCUGAGCUCCGUCUCGAUGACAUUGGUCCAGCCAGGCGAGAGUGACAUCCACUUCGUAUCCACCCCAGAGUUGGAUUCUUCCGACGGUCAGGAGCUUCUAAAAAUUGCUUAUACACGAGUCCAACGGGAAUCCCCGGAGUUCACGACAGCGCAUGAAGGCGUUGAUCAGAAUGUCGAUAUAAGAAUGUCGACACUGGUGUUUUGUGCUUCACCUGAGCCUGUUCUGGCGCUCUAUGACUUUAUCAUGACAACGUUUGUUCCGAAUACAAGACAAGCUGACUCAACAAUACCAGGGGUGGGAACGGUGGAAACUCCUGACAUUAAUAAUGCAUUGCAAUCGGCCAUCGAGAGCAAAAUUCGCGUGAUCCUGAAGCUUGAAGGGGUGCGAAUCGUAUUAAUGAAUGAAGCCGUGACUCUUGCGACCCUUUCUCUCUCAACUGCUGAUUUAACUGUAGUCGUUCGCCCCAAGACGCUGCGAGUCGCUGGCCGCUUGGGUAGUCUGGCGCUGAUAAACGAGAUCCAAGGCAUUGCUAUUACCGAUGACUUUAAUCAACUCAUGUCCAUCGACGGCCAAAACUUCGCGGAUUUCAACUAUCAAACGUUUGACGCAGAAGAUGACAAUCAUACCGGAGUGAAAUCGUCUGUUCUCCUCAACGCUGCAUCCAUCAAGUUCCAUCUCAUGGAAAGGCCUCUCCAUGAGCUCUACAUGUUUAUUCUCAAACUCGCCAAGCUGAAAGGUCUUUAUGAUGCUGCCACCCAAGUUGCUGUCCAAAGGGCUGCUGAAAUCGAGAGAAUGGAGUUUGAAGUAUUCAUCAAGACGCCCAUUGUGAUAUUCCCUUCGGAUCCCGCCUCUUCUGCUGAUAUUCUUGUGUUGCGACUUGGUCAAAUUGAAGCCCGAAACAAAUCCGAGUCUGUCGUCAACCGAAUUUUUGCAAGUCUUCGUGGAAUCCAACUGGUGUCCAGCCUUCGUCACAACGGCGGGGUAUCUACGCUGAAAAUCAUUGAUGACAUAGACGUUUCAGCGGAUGUAGUUCAAACGAGCAAUAUUGACCGGAGAGAAGACAUCGAUUAUCCCGAUACUCAGGUUGCAGUGAAGAUUUCAGAUGUCAAGCUACAUCUUACGCAGGUCCAAUACAGUCUCCUCGUUAAGUUGGCCAGUGAAAUACUUCGAGUGUUUGCAGGUGCUCCGGAAAUGGACACUCAGGAAACUAUCACCAGCCGAUACGCUCCGCCGCUCAAAGUCGAGGAGGAGAACAAAGGCCAUUCCGAUAUCGAUCUUGAACCAGAGCUUCGGUCUUCGUCUCAGCGAGCCUGGGCGAAUGUUGACCUUGUGGUAGCCAUCAACGCUGUCAAACUGCAUCUGUACGAUGGCUCCGCAAGGUCAGAGCCACAGCUCAAAGAACAUGGUAUCGCCAGGUUUGCUCUGAAUGACAAUACUCUCCGCUACAAGCUGCUUUCAGACGGUGCUGCGGAAGUGCAGAUCGUCUUGCGAUCGUUCACGAUGAGCAAUACCAGACCUGGACACACCAAGUUCCGUGAAAUUAUACCUGCUGCCCAACACAAUAGGAACCAGUUUAUGCUCUUGUACACCACGUCUGGCGGUCGAUGUCCAUCUUCCUUGGCGGUCCUAACUGUUGAUUCUCCCAAAAUAAUCUUCGCUGUUGAUCCAAUUGUCUCCCUGCUUGAAUUCUUCAUGAGUGCCUUCUCCGCCAGUGAAAGGGUGUUGGGUUCACCGACUCAUGUCGCUGUUCAGGAAGCCCCUGAGGUGCAGAAUCGCCAAAGCUUGGACUUCAGGCUCGACUUGCAUGACGUCUCUGUCAGUGUCCUUGAAGACGAUACCGAUGCAGAAUCGCUUGCCAUUCGUUUGUAUGUUGAUCAGAUACUUUUGUCCCAGCAGGGAAUCCUAGCUCUCACUGUAAACCGACUAGGAAUGUCCCUCAUUAGUAUGGGACGAACCGUAGAAAAUGUCCGCGUUCUUGAUGAUGUAGAUCUCACCUUCUCGCUGGAUAGGCGAACCUCUUCCUUGCAGCAAAUGACGAACAUGGAAAUUUCUGCAAGGCCAAUAGUUUUCCGAGCCUCGUAUCGAGACAUCAACCUUAUCAUGUCUAUUGCAAACAAAGCUAUCGAGCGGUAUGGUAAAUCGCAACAACCUACCCCACCUAACGAGGACACCUCAAGUCGCAAUGCGUCUCUCACCUCUGCACCCCAGCCAAUGACCUCGUCGGAUUCCCAUGCACCCCCCGCAACGAUCGGGAAGGCUCGUGUCCUGAUGUCGAAAGAGCAGAUGAGAGCAUCCUUUGAUGGGUUUAGGCUGGUGCUGAUCGGCGACCUCCACGAACAACCCAUGCUCCAUCUCAAGGUCAAGCCUUUCAUCCUCGGGGCUAAAGACUGGUCUGGAGAAUUACACGCGACCACCACAAUGACCACCGCCAUUACGUAUUUCAACCUCACUAAUUCUCACUGGGAGCCUCUAAUCGAUCCAUGGACAUUGACUGUUGCCGUUACACGAGAGGGCCCCACCGGGGGUCUUGAUCUCACAUUGUCGGCGCGAGAACGCCUUGACCUCAACAUCAGCACCACUUUUGUGGAAGUGGCUCUAACAACUCUGAAUACUUGGAAUCAGGAAGGAGAACUGGUCCUUCAGAAAGCGCGAGGCUCAUAUGCACCUUAUCGCAUAAAAAAUCAGACGGGUUCCCCCAUAUUUAUCUGGUCGGAUCUUGAUAGCGCCGCCAGCACUAAAGAUGUCGAUGCUGUAAAAGUCCUCCAUGACCAAGCCAUUGAGUGGAGAUUCGACGACUGGAAGACCAUGCGCGAACAUGUCUCCUCUGGCCAACAUAACAUCGGUAUCCAAUUCAUUGAAACCCCUUGGGAGCGAUUGCGUGGCAUCCCGGUUGAUCGAGAAGGCGAAUUUGUUUAUUCAUUGCGUCCCCGCACCGAGAAAUAUCCAAGUCGCCUACUUUGCGAAGUCACCGUCGUUGACAACACAAAGAUCGUAACAAUUCGAUCUACCUACAAAGUUGAAAACGCCACACUAUAUCCGCUAGAGUUGAUGUUGGUCGACGACACUGGACAUCCGGUCUAUUCUCUUGAGAAGAUCGUCCCGGGACAGUCUUUCUCUCUUCCAAUCGAGGCUGUAACUAAGAACAGGGUUAGGCUUCAGCCUGAUCAGGGUUUCGGAUAUAAAUGGUCCCCCCCAAUUCGUUGGGAAGACUUGGUGUCGAGGAAAGGGUUCACAAUUAAGUGCCCCCAUUCGGACCCGAGGGAAGCACCAUUUCGCUUGCAAGCAUGGGUGCAGACAGAUUCCGACGAAGCGGCACCCAGGAAAUACCCCAAGAUUAAUCUCAAACUCCGUGCUCCUCUAGAAGUCGAAAAUAUGCUGCCCUACAAUCUUGAAUAUCGCAUUUACGACAAAAACACGGAUCAAAACUGGCGGAGCUACUUAAGAAAAGGGGGUGUGAUGCCUGUUCACUCUGUUGAAUUAGGCCAUUUCAUUCUCCUCAACGUUCAUCUGCAAGAUACUGCUUUCAAGGCAAGCGAGUUUGCCAUCAUCCAUACGGAUGGGCAUUCGGAUUUCGACAUCGAGACUACUUUGACUCUACGCGACCAGGCUGAAAGAAAACUCGACCUUAUGCUGAAUUACAUACGCCAUCCAGAAUCAGGUGGUGCUUUCAAAGUACAGAUAUAUAGCCCAUAUGUCGUCGUGAAUAAGACCGGCCUCCCCUUUGCCAUCAAGUCUGUUAGAUCCACUCGCGCCGGUUCUCAAGAUGUCGCUGGCACCACUCAGAUAGAUGAAUUGAUUACACCUACUCCAUUUUUGUUGUCCCAUUCUCAGAAACAAGGCCACGAAUUUAUGUUCAAAAUCGCGGAUUCAGGGUGGUCGAAGUUGGUAUCCUUUGAAGCCCCUGCUGCUGAAACAGAGCUAGUUGUUGCUUCCCAAAGGCAAAAGGCCGACGAAUUUCAUAUUGGCCUCUCCUGGGCGGAAGGGCUGGGAAAAUACAAGCUGUCCAAAGUAAUCACCCUCGCUCCUCGUUUCAUUAUCAAGAAUCAACUCCCAGAGGCCAUCGUCUUCCGAGAACACGGGGCAACCGCGAGAGAUCGCUCCCUUGUUGAACCUGGCCAACAAUGUUAUUUCCAAGCUCUGCGGAACGCAGAGGAGAAACUCCUGACGAUCGCCUAUCCCGGAUUAAACGCUAGAUGGUCGUCCGCAAUCAACAUUGAGGACAUUGGGUCGGUGUACUUCAACCUUCGUCAUCCAGUUGAGACUAGAGAGCAAGGACUAGUGAAAGCGGAUAUACGAAUCGAGGGAUCCACGAUAUUCAUAUUCAUUGGACCUGCGCCGGCGGGAUUUCCUUUCAUGAUUGAAAAUUGGAGCGAUUAUAACCUGAGCUUCCACCAACAGGACGCUGGUCAUGAUAACAUUUCUCGAGAUGCACCCGCGAAAUACUCCAUGCAACCCCAUUCAGCGAUAGGUUAUGUAUGGGACUAUCCUGCUGCGAGGGACAAGAAAAUAUUACUCAGUAUUGGAUCGGCACGACGUGCGAUCGACAUCAUGGAAAUAGGAGACCUAGUCCCAUUUAAAUUCACCGAUAAGCAAAGAAGCAGGGCAAUUUCUUUAGAUGUCCGUGCUGAUGGCCAGAAGCAAGUACUCCGUAUCACCAAUUACAAUCCAGAGCGCAGCGCAUACAAGCCUCGUCAAAGGAGCAAUUCUGUGUCAGUUUCGAGGCAGGACACCAUAUCAAGUUCCACGGAAGCCUUCGAGGCGGUGGCGACAGAGGUUAAGCCAACCUUCGCCGUUGUGGUGGAUCUGGCAGGUGUCGGGAUUUCCCUGAUCAACAAACGAAUGGUUGAAGUCAUAUAUCUGGUGAUGCGCGGCAUCAAGUUCGAAUACACCGACAGCACGGUUGCUCAAUCUUUGAAUCUAUCCUGUGGCACCUUGCAAAUCGACAAUCAGCUCCACGAAGCGAUCUAUCCUGUCGUUCUUCAGCCAACUCCCAUCGCCAAAGAAUCUUCGGCCGUUGGAGCUCUGCCUACAGUUCAGGCGUCCGUCAUAUGGCUAAAGGAUCAAGGCGAGUGGGCAAACUGUUCGGAUUCCCUUACAGUUGAGGCUGAUGAAGACCUCCUCUUUGCCAUUUACGAUCUCACAAAGAUCAAAGGCGCUUCGUGGGAAGCUGGCGUCGCGGAUGUGCUGAUACAACAUCCCGACGAUAUACCAGAGCCUAGUGAUCACUCUAUAGGUCAGGAGCUAUAUUUCGAGGUGCUAGAGCUGCAGCCCAUCAAGCUGUCCCUGUCGUUUAUGCGAACCGAACGAGUGAACAGCGACGAGAAAUUGAGUAUUCGGAAUCCUUUAGCACUGGUGGUAAAUGCUUUGACCAUGACAGUCGGAAAUAUCAACGAUGCACCUCUGGAGAUGAAUGCCCUAGCGAUCAAGGACAUGCGACUGACAAUGCCCGAGUUGCAAAGCCGGAUCACUUACCACUACAGACAGGAGGUAUUGAGGCAACUCUACCGAAUCCUCGGCUCUGCGGAUUUCAUCGGAAAUCCUGUGGGCCUUUUCUCCAAUGUUAGCUCUGGGGUUGCCGACAUCUUCUACGAACCAUUCCAAGGCGUUGUGAUGCAUGGAAACAAAGAACUAGGGAUCGGCAUUGCUAAAGGAGCUGCAAGCUUCGUGAAAAAGACCGUGUUCGGCGUCAGCGACAGUCUCACUAAAUUCACCAGCAGUGUUGGUAAAGGUUUAUCAGCUGCGACCUUUGAUUCCGAAUAUCAGGCUCGUAGGCGGAUGACGCAACGGCGCAACAAGCCUCGUCAUGCAAUUUAUGGAGUUGCUGCGGGUGGAGAGGCGCUGGCAAGCAGCGUAACAAGCGCUAUGGAAGGGGUCUUCAUGAAACCUAUCGAAGGCGCAGAGGCUGAAGGCGCUCUCGGCUUUUUUAAGGGUGUAGGAAAGGGAUUGGUCGGGGCCGUCACCAAACCUGUUGUUGGGGUAUUUGAUCUGGCAUCCAAUGUUACUGAAGGCAUUCGGAACACUACAACUGUGUUUGACAAUCCCGAAAGGGAUCGCAUCCGCCUGCCCCGGCUUAUUGCAUCAGACGGUGUUUUGCGUCCAUACAGCUCUCGUGAAGCACUCGGGCAGUCAUGGAUGAAAGACCUUAGUAAUGGCGAGUAUCGGCAAGAACACUACGUUGCCCACAUCAGAGCAGACAAUGUAAUCCUUCUGACAGCUUCUCGGAUGCUUUCCUUCUGGUCCAAAAGGCUGCGUCUAGAGUGGGAAUUGCCAUUCACUCAGAUUCAAGGAGUUACUGUCGAAGACACAGGCAUACGGUUUGCAAGCAAAGCAGGCAGGGAGCAUGACAAGUUUGCCUUCAUUCCGGAUAAAGCAUCACAAUCCUGGUUCUUCAACCAGGUGGCCUCUGUUGUAAAAUCCUUCAAUGCACGGCGGAGAAUGGACACAUAA